ACAUCUCUUUAAACUUUAAACGCAGAGGAGUUGAUCCCAGACACCGUCGUCUAGAUUUCAAUUUCUUUUUGCAAAGAACAUGUCUUCGGACGACGGUUCAAUUUUUAGUGAUUUGAGUUCGGAUGCUUCCUCACAAAUGUUGGACGAACAAUCCCAUAGAAGACCACCCAGGAAACGGAUCAAAUAUCAAAUAAACUUCAAACAUGUCAAAGGCGCUGUUGCUGUUGGGCCCCACGCAAGAGCGAGGAUCAAAGGCGAUGAACAAGUUUCUACUAAGACAGGACAACUUCUAGACAAUUCCCGAGAUGAAAAAGCGAUUUCAGAUAAUUACGAUGGAUCGCCGAAUAGAGACACAGGUCAGUAUGAAGAGAACACCCCAGGAUCAUACUGCCCGAUCAACUCUUAUCAACGCCACGAAGAAAACGGGGCAAAGUGGAACGCAAGGCCUGGAAGUGGUAUUUCAUUCAAUAGAGGGGAGCCUACGUGUAAUUUGUUCUACGAAGAUUUCUUCGAGAGCCCAGAAAAAUUCAUCCAAGACAUGGAUGAAAACGCUGGUCCACUCAAAGAUGCUAAAGAAGACCUCCUACUCCAUAGCAUCCUUCCCUUUCUGGAAGAAACGUGGGGAAAAUGUCCUUCUUCCAAUGAAGAAGUAUAUGAAAAUCUGGCCAAAAUUUCUUGCAGUGCAAAAUGUGGCAAAGCCGUAAGCCAGGCACUUCAAUUGCUUCUUCAAUUGAUCUGCAAGGACAACUUUGACAACUGCUACAUCAAUUUACUGGUUGUGGAGGCAAUUAUAAGAUCAUCAAUACUCUCCUCCGAGGGGUUGUUUAGAAGAGGCAGGGUUGACUCAAAAAGAGAAAUUCGAGAGCUUAAGCUGACGGUGUACAGCCGUAUUAUCUCCUUGCUAGUUACGCAUCAAGCUCUGAAAGGUGAUUCGUCCAUGAAUUGUUUGGAACAAGAUUUGAAAAAGAUAAAGGAUGAGCUUAAAACAUUUGGCUCGAAGGUGAGCAACAAAACAAAGGAUAGUCUCCGAUAUUCAACAGAGUUUAUCAUCAAAGCAAUUAGCCAUCUUUUAAAGCCCAAUGACAAGUUGCAGAACUUUCUAAAUGAAUGUCGGGAGUUCUGCCAAAACCAAGAAAUCAAAGUUAAUGAUUUGAGGGCUCUUCGUCAGCUUGAUUUUAAGAAAGGUGGCGACUGGAUUGAUCUACACUACAUCGCUAUUCAUCUCCAAGGAAAGGUGCACAGUGAACGUCCUACUCCAAGAAUGGAGACCGAGAGACGCGCUAUGAAUCUCCUCAGAUUUCUCGUAGAAAAGUACCUUGAUGGAAAUGGCGGACAGGACUGGAGGUUUUGUAUGCUGGCAGCUACGAUAUUCUCAGACAUUUCAAUGAAGAACGAGACAAAAGAAAUAAGGACAGAGGCAGGUAGCAGCUUGGUAUAUCUUCUUAAAGAUCCGAAAGUACAAAAGACCCCAGAAUGCAAGGCCAUCGUCCAGAGCCAGUCUGAGAAAGCCCUGUUCUGCCCGGAUGUAGUGACCAGGACGUUUCUGACUCAUUUUUUGAAUAAGAACACAAACCGGCAGGUUGAACUUGACACAAUACAGCACAUCAAACACCUUUCUUGGAUGUACAGGACUCAGACACUAGAAAUCAACGAUACUACCAUAAGUAAAAGCUCCACCUGCUUCGUAAAUCAUGGCAUGUUCCAGAGAAGGAAAGUGGCAGUUAAAGUUCUCUUGGUGAAAAAGCAGCAUCUCGUGGAAGAGAACCCUAACACUCCUGCUAAAGAGAGUCUAAAACGAGAAGCCGAAAACCUACGACUACUAAACGCAGCACGGCAUCCAAACUUCCCUGUUUUGUUGGCACACAACACGAAAACCCUGCCAUAUCACCUUAUUACCGCAUUUGAAAAAUCAAAGGAUCUGUUGCAGUUUCUUCAGAAGUCCCGCGGGACUAAUCCUCCUAUUCAACCUGUUCAGCUCAUUAAGAUGCUAUUAGAUGUCACUAACGCUCUCCUCUUUUUAGAAGAAAAAGGUUUGGUACACCGCGCUGUAAUGGCAGCAAACGUUCUGGUGGGAGACAGUUAUAUCUGUAAAUUGAGUGGCAUGCAACACCUUCGGCGGCUUACCAGCCAGACUGCUGAAUGUUCCGAUUCAGUGUACAGUUAUUGCUCGGCUGUUGACGGUUUCCCAGAUUUUGUAAGCUCAGUAAAUGAGGAGGAGCUUCCGAUAAGAUGGAAGGCACCAGAAGUUCUCUCAGAAUGCCGUUUUUCUACUGCCUCUGAUGUGUGGGCCCUUGGGGUCCUAAUGUACGAAGUUCUUACUUACGGGUGUCUUCCCUACGGGCUGACCUCGGACAGCGAGGAGUUGUGCUCACGAGUGAAGAAUGGUAUAGAGAUCCUGCCUUUUGAGUCGUGCUUUGAAGAAAAUGAAUAUAAGCUGAUGCAGCAGUGCUUUCAGUUCCAACGACGCAGUAGACCCCAACUACUCGAGGUCAAAAGCAGCCUUUGUGAGAUGAUCGAAAAUGCAGACGAAGAGCAAGUACGGUCUGACCCGCCACCACUCACAGCGUGCGGAAGCUUUCCUGCAAGAAAUACUGAAGAUAUAAACCGCGCUUCAGGCGCCGUUUAUGAAGAAUGUAUCGAGGAAAGCUACACUAUGCCAAAUGACCCCGUGUACGAAGAAUGUACUUCCCGGUCUGCCGAUAAAGGCCCUGAUGUGUCAAAUGGUCCUUACUAUGUACACAACUUGACGUCAGAUAAGGAGCGAGUGGAGGAAAAACUAUUCAACCGUAAUCCAUUGUUAGAUUUGGAUGAUCUUCCAAGACAAAGGCAAACGGGUCGGACUUCAGACUCUAAUGUCAUCGAGAAGAUCAAAAGAACGGCUGACCAUCACCUUAGAGAUCUCCUCACUCUCAAACAUCCAAACCUUGUUACCUUGAAAAUAGAGAAUUUGGAUUCACACUGUCCAACAGCAAAUAUUAUCACCGAAGAGGCUCCUCUUGGUAAUUUAAAGAAUUACGUUCUCGAAAAGCAAUGUCAAAUUGGUGAUAUAGUAACGUUCCUGUCUCAAGUGGCGUCUGCUAUGCACUAUCUCCAUGAAAAUCACAUUGUACACGGAGACCUCCGUGCGACGUAUGUUAACGUCGUAUCGCACGACAAGAUUACGGUUGGGCGUCUGGGUCGUUCGAAGCCUCUUAAUCCGAGUGAAUACGAUGUUACGAGCACUUCAUGCGUGGUGCAGGUCGCCAUGCAUCCGGACGCAACACGUUGGAGUGCACCAGAGGUUAUCCUGGAUGGACGCUACACGCAUGCAAGUGAUGUCUGGUCAUUUGGGAUUCUUGCAUGGGAGCUGUAUACAUCAUUCGCAAAUGGGCUAGAUGGAAGAGAUUCCUCACUACCUUUCUUUGAUUUGGACGAUCAAAAGAUAUUGCCUCACAUAAGAGACAAUGGACCACCAGAUAAACCAGAAGGCUGUCCUGAAUGGGUAUAUAUCAUUAUACAUCAGUGUUGGGCAUAUGUCGCACAGCAGCGACCUCCCUUUUUGGCCAUUUUUGAUUGCCUCACCAGCAGGGUGCCAAUGGAGUCCUGGAUUAUGAAGUUAUGGCUGAAAACUCAUGACAAAAGUGAAUGGCCAGAUUUGUCCACCUGUCAAUCACAAGAUGCUUACCAUGUAACAUGUUUGGAGCAACACCCCUCCAGUGAUAUCAUUGAGAAGAUGUGCUCACCUGACUUCUUCUCCAGGCACGAAUACAAAUACGUUUGCAGAAAUUUUGGAAUGGCAGGCGGCAAAGAUGACUACUCAGAAGCAAACGGAACGCCAGACGUGCCAUUCACGGGUGAUAUCUCACCCGUCUAUAGUAGCUGUAGUAAGGUGAAAAAAAAUCUAGAGCUUGUGCCAGUCCCUGAGCCACAAAAGGCACCAAACAACAAUGACGCAGGCUACUUAUGUCCUGUUUCAAUAACAGUUGAAGACCUGAGCUCUACUGAGAGUAACGAGGAAAACGACGCUGGUGUUGCCGAAUCCACGAGAGGCGAUGGACGGGAAAGAGUAGUUCCAGCUAAAGAGACUUUCAAUCUCCAAGUUAAAAAGGUAAAGAAAAGGUCUGGAGCACAUGGUAGCAGUGCAAUCGAUAUGAAUGGGGGCAAGGCUUCCCUGCCAGCGGAUACGCUUGCUUCGCUGUAUGUCAAUCUGGGGACUCAGCCAGAUCAACAACAUACCUCGUUGUAUCAAAACAUAGACGCAAUUCCCAAAGAGACGAGCUCUAAAAAUGAAGAAUAUGUGGAGGGAACUAAAGCGGCUUGUCCAAAUCCAACAGAGAAAAGAAACAGGGCAGUAUAUCCUAAAGUCAAGAAGGCAGAAAAUACGCCUGGACUCGAAGACCAGCUGGUCCCACCGAAUCAUCCGUUGUAUGCAAACUUGGUGGCCAGCGGUGAAUUACAGGUCACGUAUUUCGUUUAAUACGUAUAACCUUUAAUUGCGGAGCACCAUUAAAGCGCUGAAAUAACUUGAAAUUUGAAAUUCAAAUUGAUUGGGAAAAAACAUGUGUGAAAUUCCUAAGUCAUGCAUUUUCAAAGCAUUCAUGGCGUUCUGUAGAUAAUAUGAAGAUUUCUUGCAAAGUCCCUUUUAGCAUUGUCAAUCAUGCCUGCGUUGUAUCUCAAACUUACAGAGGUAUGGCCGUUUUCAUAAGGACCCUUACUUUUAGUAGUUUCAAAGGGAACGAUUUCAAUUUUCAAUUUUCCCCAGUAGAUUACAAAAUCAAAAUUUCGGACAUAACACUCAGUGAGACCAUACCUCUGCUCGGCUACAAGUCUGUCAUAAGCAUUAUACAUAUUACCGAUUCAGUGAAGAGUGUAUAGGUAUAUACAUAUAUGCAUGCAUAUAAGGUAUAUGCAUCAAAUAUAUCCAUUUUAAAGAAAAUCAUUACGGCACUGAAAAUACUGAGGAAAGUAGCAACGUAUUUCAACACACUGAAUGUACGAGGACUUAAAUUUUCAAUUUCUUGUCUCUUUUUUAGAGCAGAUGUAGUGAUUAUUUUUUAGUUACUUUUAUAUUCUUAUAUACAUUGAACGAUUUAAAUUUUCAAACUUUGAGGAAUAGAGUCGAACUUUUCCCCUAACUAACACUGUCCACAUCACAUCUUUUUGUGGAAACAAGAGUUGCAUAAAACGAGAACUCUUUUUCAAAAUCCGUAGUAAUUGCACCUACUAUAGUGAAAUACUGGAUUGUUCCACGCGAAAAAGAAACCUCCUCAAAGCAGCAGCCUUAUUCAUGUGCGCUACUAAAAAUCGCGGCAAUUCUUUACGAAGUAGAAACCAAACUAUUAGAGUGGACUUAAAUCAUAUAACAAACCAGACUAAUUUAGGCUUUAUUGCCUAAUUUACACACCUUUUGGAGUACUUUAGAUGUACUUGCACCCUAAGUCUACUGGAUUACUUGUCAGCCUGAACAAAGCAUAAUUACUCAUAUUCCACAAGAUGACCAUUAACUUUUAGAAGGUUCGAUAGACGCAGAGACUCCCUUGUUUGAUGAACUAAUCAAUUUUUGGAUUUAGUAAUGAUAGCACAACUGAUGGCGACAGAUUUUAUAAUUAUGAUAAUAAAUACUCUUUUUGUGUUUAAUGACGUUCGUUAUAGUUCGAUUGUGCAUUGC